UCUCUCUCUCUCUCUCUCUCACUACUCACCCGAUUAUUUAAGCCAUGUACAAACCAAAACCUCUUUACUCAUUCAUUUGCCCUCAAAAUUCCACUUUUUCGGUUUUUCCUUCUUACACUCUCUCUCCUACUUCAUCGUUAACAUCGUCACCUUCCUUUCUCUCUCUAAAUCCGCAAUGCAAGCAAUUCAAGCUCCGACUCUCCGAGUCUCCCCUCUCGACCCGCUCCGCAACCGCCGGCGGAGCCCUCACUUCCCCAGUGCCCGCCCCUCCGCCACCAAGAAGGUCCCCUUCUUCUGCCGCGCCGCCUCCUCCACGGUCUCCGCUCCCAAGCGCGAGAAGGACCCCAAGCAGCGCGUCGUCAUCACCGGAAUGGGCCUCGUCUCGGUCUUCGGCAACGAACUCGACGCCUACUACGACAAGCUCCUCUCCGGCGAGAGCGGGAUCGCUCCGAUAGACCGCUUCGACGCCUCCAAGUUCCCCACCAGGUUCGGCGGCCAGAUCCGGGGCUUCUCCUCCGAGGGCUACAUUGAUGGCAAGAACGACCGCCGUCUCGACGAUUGCCUUCGUUACUGCCUCGUUGCUGGCAAGAAGGCUCUCGUCGAUGCUGAUCUCGGCGGCGAUAAGCUCUCCAAGAUUGACAAGGAACGAGCUGGUGUGCUUGUUGGAACGGGGAUGGGAGGUCUUACUGUCUUUUCUGAUGGUGUUCAGGCACUAAUUGAGAAAGGUCACAGGAAGAUAACACCAUUUUUCAUUCCUUAUGCUAUUACAAACAUGGGAUCUGCCUUGCUGGCCAUUGAUCUAGGCCUCAUGGGUCCAAAUUACUCAAUCUCCACUGCCUGUGCUACUUCAAAUUACUGCUUCUACGCUGCUGCAAAUCACAUUCGUCGAGGUGAGGCUGAUAUGAUGAUUGCCGGUGGAACUGAAGCUGCUAUUAUACCCAUUGGGCUUGGGGGUUUUGUUGCUUGCAGAGCUCUGUCUCAGAGAAAUGAUGACCCAAAAACUGCUUCUAGGCCAUGGGACAAGGAUAGAGAUGGCUUUGUCAUGGGUGAGGGUGCUGGAGUUUUGGUGAUGGAGAGCUUGGAGCAUGCAAUGAAACGAGGUGCACCAAUUAUUGCCGAGUACUUGGGAGGUGCUGUUAAUUGUGAUGCUUAUCACAUGACAGAUCCAAGAGCUGAUGGACUUGGUGUGUCUUCAUGCAUAGAGAGCAGCCUUGAAGAUGCUGGCGUGUCACCUGAGGAGGUCAACUACAUUAAUGCACAUGCAACAUCCACUCUUGCUGGUGACCUAGCUGAGAUAAAUGCUAUCAAGAAGGUUUUCAAGAACACUUCUGAGAUCAAGAUCAAUGCUACUAAGUCUAUGAUAGGGCACUGUCUUGGUGCUGCUGGAGGUCUGGAAGCCAUUGCCACUGUGAAAGCCAUUACAACCGGGUGGUUGCAUCCCACUAUUAACCAAUUUAAUCCGGAGCCCGCAGUUGACUUUGAUACUGUUGCAAAUGUAAAGCAGCAGCAUGAGGUGAAUGUUGCCAUAUCGAAUUCAUUCGGGUUCGGUGGACAUAACUCUGUGGUGGCCUUCUCUUCGUUCAAGCCCUGACCAGAUAAAAAAGUUGCCAAUUUUUGUAGAUCAAACAUCCUCACUUGAGAAUAGGUUCAAUUUGUAAUUGAGGUUGCUUCGUGUUUCCAAUUUCCAGAACUUGCAAUUUAUUUCAGGCCAUUUGUUUUGUAAUCUUUUUGUUUCAUGUUAAACUCUAUGAUCGGUAUUUACAACAUUCCUAUUUCUUUCUUUCAAUGAUCAGUUAUCAUUCAAUUAAAGAAAA